AUGUCCCGAUUCGCUUUUUUAAAGCAUGUCGAUGGUGCAGAAGACAAAAGAUGCGAUGUGAUGCGCGUAGUCAAGUCCCUUGCUUCCGCUGUCGCUCCACCGGCCGGGACUGCAUCUUGGACCCCAUCGAUGAUGGCCGACGACGAAGUGAUCGUCGGCGGAAAACAACAACCCCAUCAAGAUCCUAGAACUGGAUAUCACACACCGGCAUCAAGAGAUCAGGGGUUCUCACCUGCCACCGUACAAGAUGGCGGCUUUGACACUUCAAUUGACUCUUUGCCUAGUUCUACAGGAUUAAAUAGCCUCCAGCGGUCUUAUACUUCUGAUGCCAAUGGACCCGAGUCCCAACAGCUCAGCCCUAAUGAAAUGAUCGCGCCUGCAUCAGCGGUACACUCAAUGUCUGUAAAUUUGCUAGGUACUAAUGAUAUUUUCAUGGAAAAUUCAACAAAGGGUGACCCCAGAGGAGAUGUCGUCGCUAGAGGAAUCGUUAGUGAGGAGCUUGCUCGUGUCAUGUAUGAGAGGUUUACGGGAGGAUCAAAAAACUUUCUUCCUCUUUUUGACCCGAUUAGAGAUACAUUCGACUCUGUCCGUUCAAGGUCCUUGUUUUGCUUUACCGUGAUCAUAUAUCUGGCUAGUCGCGCCGUGACAGAUUUGCGCGGAGACACUCAUAUGCAGCGUGUUCUGCAAGAUGAAGCACAACGUUUGGCCGAAGACAGCUUCUUCGAGCGACCCACCAAACUAGAAACAGUCCAAGGAAUGAUUCUCCUAGCUGCCUACUCUGAGAAGACGUGGUUCUCUAUUGCUCUCAUUCUUCGCACCGCUCUAGAUUCGGGGUUGGAGAAGUCUUUAGACACUUUGCUGUCCCAAGAAAACGUACCCCGAAGUUCGCUCUCGGCCUCCAUGGCUGAGCGUGAGUUGGUAUGGCAGACAAGAACCUGGUUAAUCAGUUUCACAUUGGAGCUGGACGUGGCGUCAGGGACCGGACGCAAAUCACGCAUCGCCGAGGUUGACGUGGUCAAGCUGCGCAGAUUCCUUGAUUAUCCACUCUCCUUGCCUUGUGAUAUGCGGACUGUAUGUAUCAUUGAGCUUCAUCAACUUCGAGGUAAUUCUCGCAUGAUUAUUGACAAUACGUCAACUAUUUCCGAUAUUGUGUCCACAGAGAUACCGGCCAUUAUGUCAAGAUUGCAAAAUUGGUGGACGACGUGGGACGAAAUCCAUGAAAGGGCCUUUCAACGCAGCAGCCUGAAGCUUAUGCUUCACUAUGCCAGGAUAUUUGUUUUCUGUGCUUCCUUAGCACGCAUUCAAAAAUUACAACCGACGUACUCGGAUUCAAGCUCUGAGAUUCUCGACCAGAAUGUGAUGAACCUGUGGCAGUCUCUCGUCACAACCAUCAUGGAUCAAUUGGGCUUUUUGAUCAACGAGCCAUCAUAUCGUUGUCAACUACCUUGGGCGCCAACGUACCCAGCUCUCACAGUCGCUUUCGUCACAACGUUCGCUCUUCGGAUUGCCAGGUGGCGUCCAAAUCUGAUCAAUCAAAGCCUUGUACUUGAAAGAGCAGAAAAAAUCUGCGACUUCCUGAAACAACCCCCAUAUCCCGAUAUCCACCGCACCGUCUCCAUCUUCGUGAACUAUGCACGCGCCUUGAUUGCGAGUCAGCGUCCGCCGAGCAACCCUAGUACAGAUGUACCUAUCAUGUCGGACCAAAGUGAGGGCCCACCCUUCGAGGGACCUGAUACUAAUCCCAUGAUCAACGGCCCGCCUCCAUCGGGGGUGGGUCCCCUUGACGAUCUGCGUUACAGAACCGCCCCAACCAUUCAGGGCGAUAAAGAUUCAAAUAUGGUCUCGAUGCCAAGUAGUGACCCAUCUGCAGUGGCCAGAGCGCCCGUAUCUCGGCUAUCCGGCACAAUGGAGGCACCCAACUGGACUGUUUCAAACUCCAUUGCAGACUCUUUUGAAAAGGAUGAAAAUUCUGACAAGAGGUCCCUUGCGUCAACGGAGAAUAAUCAAAAGUCAAAUGGCGAUUACCAAAUAGUCCAACUGUCUCAGGAUGAACUACUUGUCGAGUUUCAGCAAAACUCACCAAGAAACCCACCAAACUGGGCCUUUAAGAAAAAGCUGUAUAAUGCGGUUGUGGCGUUAUUUGUUGUGCUCAAUAGCGGCAUAUCAACUGCACUUCCUAGCAAUGCAGUCCCCGCUAUCAUGCAGGACUUCCACGAGUCCGGAGAUCAACAAAAAGUCUUACCAACCGCGGUCUUUCUUGUUGGCUAUGUGGUUGGGCCUCUGUUAUUCAGUCCACUGAGUGAAACUAUUGGACGUAAACCCGUUCUUCUCUGGUCAUUUGCUAUUUUCGUCCUCGCUACUCUUGGUUGUGCUCUAGCGCCGAAUUGGUCCUCUUUUCUUGUCUUUCGGACCAUUUGCGGUCUGGUAGGCGCUGCCCCUCAGACUGUUGUUGGUGGUAUUUAUGCAGACCUGUUUUUCGAUAUGCGAACUCGUGGCCGUGCAAUGGCAAUGUAUAUGUCGGCUUGCAGUUUUGGUCCCAUUCUAGGGCCAAUUAUCUCCGGGUGUUCGGUGAAAUAUGGUUGGCGAUGGACUUUCAGAAUCGAACUGAUUCUCACAGGCGUUACUUGGUUGGCUCUGCUCUUGACUUCUGAAACCUUCGGACCAGCACUCUUGAAGCAACAAGCUGCCAAAUUGAGAAAGGAGACGGGGUCGAAUCGAUACUUCUCGCGCCAGGAGCUUAACCUGGACUCGAGAUUCACCCCGAUGGAGAUUAUCACUCGUCCCAUCGCGAUGCUCUUCUUUGAGCCUAUCAUCACCUCAACAUCCAUUUAUAUUGCCAUCGCAUAUAGCCUGGUCUUCUUCUAUUUCCAGGCCUAUCCCAUCAUCUUCGGAGGUGUCUAUGGUUUCACCGUCGAACAAACUUCCUUGUCCCUCAUCCCUAUUGGCGUCGGCGCUGCAUCUUCCGGCUUCGUCGCACUCUACUACGACAUAAUCUAUGAAAAGGCCAAAAAGCUCAACAAAGCUUGGACUUCCAGUCCAGAAGUCCACCGACUCCCCAUGUCUUGCAUCGCCGGCCCCUGUCUCACAAUAAGCAUGUUCUGGCUCGCCUGGUCAGCAAAAUCAACCAUGCACUGGGCCGCACCUGUGAUGUCAGGGUUCGUCUUCGGGUUCGGCUUCCAGAUCAUCUUCAUCUCGCUUCUUACCUACGUCACCGACGCAUACAAAAUCUACUCAGCCAGCGCAUUGGCAGCUUCCGUUAUUGUGCGUAGCAUUGCUGGUGCGCUUUUCCCGCUAGCCGCUGAGCCGCUCUAUACAUCUUUCGGAGUUGCUUGGGCGACUUCCCUGAUUGGGUUUGUUAGUCUGGCUUGCAUUCCCAUUCCUUUUGCUUUGAUGCGAUGGGGUCCCUGGAUUCGGGAGCGAAGUCCCUUCUGUCAAAGGCUGAUCUUGGAAGAGAAACUCAGGGCUAGCGGAGCGAGUACACCUGCGCAGGUAUGA